GCAGCUCUACUCCUCGGGCCACACUAAGCAACACGUGUUGCCGGCUGUUUCGAUUUCGUUGCGCUUGGAAAAUAAAUAAACGUAUCGUUUUCCGAAACUUAUCCCCACAGGAAUUUGCCAAAUGCCUCGCGUCAAGAAACAGAAUCCCUUUGCUGCUCGCAAGCGCCAAAAGCGCGAGAAUGGUCCGCCGCAACCAGACCGCCGCGCUUUGCCGUACGAGGAGAUCAAGCGCGACAACGCCUUCUUCAUUAAGUACUAUGAUCUGCAGAAGAUCUGCUCCACUGAGGAUGAGUGGGUGCAGUUUCUCACAUCCAUACGCGAUAACUUGCCAACCACGUUCCGGGUGACGGGCUUCAAGGACGAGGCCAAGGCGUUGCUGGCAAUCAUCGAGUCGCAGCUAUUCACCGAGUAUGUGCGCGCGGUAGCCGAGCUGCACCAGAAGCCGCCAGAGGAGGUGGAGCGACCGCUCUGCCUGCCCUGGUAUCCCAACGGCCUGGCCUACCAGCUGCAUCUCACACGAAAGGAUAUCCGCCGUUCGGAACCGCUCUAUCGGCUGCACAACUUCCUUAUAGUCGAGACGACGGCGGGUGGCAUUAGCCGUCAAGAGGCGGUCUCCAUGAUUCCUCCUAUCGUACUGGACGUGAAGCCAACGGACAAGGUGCUAGACAUGUGCGCAGCUCCCGGAUCCAAGACGGCGCAGCUGAUUGAGGCGCUGCACGCGUCACCCGAGGAGCACAAGAUACCGCCGGGCUUCGUUCUGGCCAACGAUGUGGAUAACAAUCGCUGCUAUAUGCUGGUCCAUCAAGCCAAGCGCCUCAACUCGCCGUGCCUGCUGGUGACUAACCACGACAGCAGCGCCUUUCCCAAUCUGCUGACCACUCAGCCGGAUGGGUCCCAGGCGAUCCUUAAAUUCGACAAGAUCCUGUGCGACGUACCCUGCUCGGGCGACGGAACGCUGCGCAAGAAUCCGGACAUCUGGCUGAAGUGGAACCUGGCGCAGGCCUAUAAUCUGCAUGGAAUUCAGUACCGGAUCGUGCGGCGCGGCGCCGAGAUGCUGGAGGUUGGCGGACGUCUGGUUUACUCCACCUGUUCGCUUAAUCCUAUCGAGAACGAGGCGGUACUGCAGCGCAUACUCAAGGAUGCUGAUGGUGCCCUGGAGCUGGUCGAUGCUGGCCAUCUGGUGCCGGGCCUGAAGUACAAGCCGGGCAUGACUGACUGGAAGCUGGCCACAAAAGAGGUGGAUCAGGUGUUCGCCAAUUUCGAUGAGGUGCCAGAGAGCCUGCACACCAUUAUACGGCCGGGCAUGUUCCCGCUGCCCGCUGAGGAGAUGGACAAGAUUGGCCUGGAGAAGUGUAUACGUGUUCUGCCGCAUCUGCAGGACAGCGGUGGCUUCUUUGUAGCCGUUCUGGAGAAGCGGCGUCAGCUUGCCUUUGAGAAGAAUGACGUUAAGGAGCUGGUGGCCCAGACUCAAAAGGCCAAUGAAGCCGACACGACUGCCAAGGAGCCGCAGUUGGACGAAGAAGGCAAGCCCAUUGAGGAGAAGUCCGUGCCCUGGGGACCGCAACGCAAGCGCCGGCGCCUGCACGGCUACAAGGAGGAUCCUUAUGUGUUCUUUGGUGAAAACGAUGCCGAUUAUUUGGCGAUUAAGGAGUUCUACCAGCUGGACGGCUCCCUUAACCAGCGCUGCCUGCUCACCCGUUGCCUGACCGAUAAGAAGAAAAAUAUCUACUAUUGCUCCGAUGUUAUCCGGGAUUUGGUGUUAAACAACGAACACAACAUUAAGAUCAUUAAUACGGGCGUAAAGACAUUUGUGCGCUGCGAAAACCGGCACACUGUACAUCCGUAUCGCCUGGCCCAGGAGGGCCUGCAGACAUCUAACGCCUUCAUGGGCGCCAACAGGCGCAUCGAGGUGGAGCGCGACGAUCUGGUUCUGCUGCUGAACUGCACCGAUCCCACAAAGCCGCCAUCAACGCACGAGCUCAAGCAGGAAACCCAACAGCGCUGCAAAGAACUGGGUGUGGGCAGCUGCAUCCUCAAGUAUGUGGACGAGCGUUUCACACUGUUCGUGGUGGGAUGGCGCGGAACCUCCAGCCUGCGCGCCUAUGUCCACAAGGACGAGACAAUCCACAUUCUCCGCCUGCUGGGCGCGGACCUCACCAAGUUCGAGACCAACAAGUACGAGGAGGCUAGAGCUGCCGCGGCUGCUGCAGUUUUGGCUGCCACAGACGCCGCCAAGGAAGCCGACGAAUCUUCCGAGUCUGGUGAGGGUGCUGCGGCCGCUGCAUUCGCCGGUGGAUUAGAAACCGAAACCGAGGUGACUGCCGAGAGCUAGUGCUUCGUGGGAAAGGGCGGAGAAAGUAGCAUUUAAGAGGACCAAUAUUCACGUGUAUAAUAAGUAAGGAAACAUAUGCAUAUGUGUCU